GAAUUGGGUUGGUUGCAUCGAUUAACUUCUCGAACUGGUAUUAUCACUUGAUCUACUCCCAAACCCGUCUCAAUAUGGACAUGUACUAUGGUGGUCAAAUGUGGCCAUCGGCUGGUCCGAUGCUACAAAGCCCAACGUAUCCUACUGGUCCAACCCCGACCGCUAUGAUGCAGCCAAUGCCCGGCUAUGGGAUGCAACCUUCACCGUAUCCCAUGGAUCCGGCUGGCGCACGUCCGCAACAGUAUCCGUCAAUGUCGGAACAAAACACUGGAAUGUAUGACCAGAACAUGGCAUACAAUCAACAGCAGCAAAGAAUGAUGAUGAUGCAUCAACAACAACAAAUGCAGCAGGCUCAAGCUCAAGCUCAAGCCCGAGCUGCUCGCCGAGUUCCCAACAUGCCAAUGCCGCAACAACCCGGACAACCAUUCGAUCCAAUGUAUCAAGGAGUCCCAAUGGGUGUCAAUAAUGUACCCGGACAAACCCAGCCAUUGAUGCGCUACCCACAAGGCACGAUGACAUCCCCAUCCUACCCAAUGCCUGCUGGUGGGCGGCCCAACGGCAUGAUGCCAUCGCCAGGAUAUCCUCAAAUGUAUCGUGCUGGUGCUCCCGUUCUUUAUGGACAAGUACAACAACAUGCCCAACAUCAACAGGUCGUCUCGUACCCAAAUCCUAAUGCCCCACCUGACGGACGGUACAACGUCCCCUACAACAACGACAUGCCACCCGUUAUCCUACCAAAAGAGGUGAUCAUGCGGCCGUUCGGACUUGAACACAACAUGAAUCAUCACACUUACACCUUUAACCUCCGAUCUGAAAUCAUACAACAAUUACAAUCGCCUUUCAUUGACAUUCAACUGAAGAGUUUCCACAAAGAUGACAAGAAAAUGGCCACACAAUGGCCUCCAAAACAAUCGCCAAAUGGUCAAUCUAUGCCCGGUGCUCCUCCAGAGUGCAGCAUUCAGGUGCUUAUUAACGGUCAAAUGGUGCCAAUCUCCGAUCUAAGCCGUUCGAUUUUCAUCAAACAAAUUGCCGUACCCGGACCUAACACCAUCGAGUUCAAUGUGAACCAGUGUGUUUGUUCACACUCGUUCAUUAUGCAAUUGGUCGUUCGACAACCGUUAUCCAAGGUUACACAGGAUAUUUUCAGUCGUACACAGGGUUGUACACCUGAAUAUUGUCGCGAGAAAAUGCUGAAACUCACUCCGCCGACUGGACUACGAGUGCCGCUCGUCUGUGAAAUCACACAUCGCCGAAUGUCGAUCCCGGCACGAUCUGUACGAUGCGUGCAUGCUGCCUGUUUCGAUCUGGAGCCGUUCAUCAUGCAACAAAAUGAGAACUCACUGUAUGAGUGCCAUCUCUGCAAGACAAUCUUCCAACUGGGCGAAAUCGAACUCGACUACUUCGUUGGAAAAAUGCUUCGUGAAACUACGGGCACUCAAGCUGUGGAGAUGUUGCUUGAGCCGAACGGCGAGUAUAGGCCUGUCGAACCAGAACUGGGUUCAAGGAAGAGGCCAAAUGAUGAGAAUGGACCUAUCCAUCCCAUCAAGAGAAUCAAGAGUGAACCAUUCCCAUCAGUUGGUGCUGUGCCAUCAGUGAUGUCACCGUUCCCUCCUCCACCAGGCUCGGCUCCCAUGGGAACCGCCGUUGCACCAUCUAUGAUGAGUCCUUUCGCUGGCAGCCAGAGUCCUUCCAAAGCAGUGUCGUCACCAGCAGGAGCCCGUUUUGUCGGUGGUCCUGGGACACCGGCGACACCACAUGCCCCACAAAAUAUGACCACUGAUGGUGUUAUACCCACGGCUACCUCAUUGCCGUCCGAACCGCUUCAUAGCACUAGUCCACAUCAGACGCAAAUCCAACAACAUGGAAGCGUUGAAGCGCCAUCGUUGACUGGAUCUGCUCCCUAUACGCCAGCUUCGGUGAACUCUGGGGUUGCCCUGCCGGCGGUGAAUCCGGCUGAUCAAUCAUUCGGCAACAUCCAGAACUUGUCCCUUUCAAAUCUUGACAUCGAAAUCGACGGCAAGAGCUUGUUCAAUUCGACGAUUAUGACUGCUGACGAUAUCAAGAAAUACCUGAAUGACAGUGAUACUGUAUUCACGGCGUUCGAUGACCUCACAUGCACUAACGAUACGCCAACAAUCGGUGGUUUUCCUCACUGUUGGGAAGAUAUUCAGUCAAUCAUAGCUGCUGACGAGAAACGGGGUUAACUUGCCCCCAGUAAUACUGUAGCUGCUCGUCAACUCCCCCUUAAUCGAUAAUCUCAUCGGAUCUACUCGAUCGAUAAUCGAUCGCACAAAUCAUCGCUGCUUUCGCUUUUGUGUUGUGAUUUCGUUGUGUGUGGCGCAUCUCUUGUCAUGUAUUUAUAUGAGAUAUUGAAGAUUAUGUUAUCUAUACUCUAUAUAUCUAUCCAUGCAUGUGUUCCCUAUCAUUCUAAUCAAUAUAUCGAUUAACGCGUUGAUUUGUUCAUUGGAUAAUAUCGAUAGGCCGAAAUUACGGUAGAUUGUAGCUCACAUAGUGCGUAUAAUGCUACUACCCAUUUAAAUAUUUACAGUAAAUAAUUCUAUGGGUAAGUAUAAUGUUAUAGAACCUGCUAAUUCACUCAACGACUAACUUUAAUGUUUUUAGUAAGUAUAAAUGGUAAAGUAAGUAAGUAAGUAGUAAUUUUAGUUAAGUUUAAGCUCUUUUACAAUGAUGAUCUGCUGCGCCCCUUCAUUUUUCUUUUUCUUUCUUUAUUUUUGAGGAAUCGAAUGUGCUUUUUGUUCGGCUGGCCUGUUGACUGGUCGUAGUGUGGCUUUUUCAUUAAUCACUGUAUCUCCCGACCGAAAACACCCAUGUUGCGUGUUUUCGAUUGUCGUCGACGUAUUUUCACACAAAGUAUUAUCAUCCUCAAGCAUUUUUUCUCUCAUUGUACCCGUGUUUUCAAUCAUUUUUUCUCUCCAUAUUUCAUCUAGUGCUUUAGUGUGCAUUGCGUGAUUUUCAUACUCUUCCACACAGGACCCAAUUCCCCACUACGAUACUCUCUCCAAUAUCUUUCCGCAACUCAUCACAACCACUGCGUUCAAACCCGUACUAUGUUCGCCCUCAAAUACCAGUGAAUCCUGUGCUAUAACUCUCGUUAUCUGAUGGUUUGAUUUUUUUUUGUAGAUGUGCCCAAAGUUUAGUGCUACGCCUACACAUUUACGUAAUAAUUCCACUUCCAUUGGUCGUUCUAAUCACACUUUUUUGGUCAAAGGCAUUUUUUUGCCUUGUACAUACAGUUAUAUACAUAUUCUAUAUAUAUACAUGCAAGUU